AUGCUCACCGAGGAUUCCGUACCGGAGAUAUGCAAGGCAACAGGAGUUGAUGUACUGGCCGAGCAGGAGAAGAACUAUUAUUGUCAGAGAUGUUUGAAUCAUGGGGAGUAUAAGCCGAGGAAAGGGCACAAGCCUGAUUGUAGGUAUCUGCAAUGUCCAUGCGCAGAAUGUACGAUGGUCGAGCGAAGGAGGCAGUUGAAUAAUAUGUUGAGCAAGAAAAAGGUACACUGUGCCCCAAAUACACAAACCCGCGAUGGGAAACGAGUGCGCGAUCCGCAUUGUGCCAGAUGUUCAGCUCAUGGAGUGCUAGUCCCCCUACGUGGACACAAAAGGACAAUGUGUCAAUUUGUGACGUGCACCUGUACAUUGUGUGCUCUAGUUGAAAACCGACGAAUGUUGAUGGCUGCCCAAAUCAAACUGCGUCGAUCCCAGCAAAAAACUAGGGAUGGAAAGGAGCCGAAAAUACGGAGGUGUCGGAAGAUAAAGGAUAUUAAUAUAGAGAAUUUGAACACUUUAAUGAUGGUGGUCACUACUACAACAGAGGAUCAGAAGAGAACAGGCACCUCAACGAGCCCGUCUCCAUCCUCCACAACCGACACAAUGUCCCCAUCUCAAUCCGUCUCGCCACCAUCAUCUCCAUCCCCAUCGGUUCACUCAAUCCAUCAGAACACGCCAAUCCUGGCUGCUCCGAUUCCAGUCUACCCUCCUAUUUCGAUGCCGAAUUUGCAGCAACUCCUUCAGCAACAGAUUUUGCUCACCUACCUACAAAACAUUGCUCCGUCACCCCCUCCGCCGCAACCAAUGCCAUUCUCUACUCUGGCUCCGUCGAACUUUGUGAUGAGUGAGCAGUCAUUGGCAUUGUGCAACAUGUACUUGCAAGGUUGUCUCAAAAUUUGA